AUGCCUCUGAUAUUUGAGAGCACCGACGUGCGCAACUUGCUCAGCAACAAGCGCGUCGUGUUGAUGGGAUGCUCAAAUGUAAGGGCAAUCUACAAAGACCUCAUAUGUGUCCACCAGCACAACGAGUUCAUAUCAAACGAGAAGCUGAAACAGAAGAUGGAAGACAGUUCAUACGGAGACAACCUUGUAGGGCACGGAAAGAAGCACAAUGGCCGUGACUAUAGAGAAGAAAGGCUGUACAGGAAAAACAGGACCUCCAUCUCUUUCUACUUCCUCACGAGGAUCUACAGCGAGUACGUUCAACGUAUCCUGGCAGACAUGACCGUUGGCUAUGCGCCUGACGUCAUCGUCGUCUCAUCGUGUCUCUGGGAUAUCACACGUUGGGGUCCAAAUGGCGUACAGGAGUACAAGGAGAACCUGAACAGGUUCUUCAGUGACCUGAACAGGAUACUACCCUCUACGUCCCUGGUCAUCUGGUUGACAGCAGCCCCCUUAGCUCAGGAUGUCCGCGGUGGAUUCCUCAUUCCGCAGCUGGACUUCCUCAAGUACUCCCUCCGAUUUCACGUCCUCGAGGCAAACUCCUUCUGCAGGGAGACGGCUGACAGGUAUGGCAUCGACGUCGUCGACAUCCACUACCACCUGCGUAUGUUCCUCGAAUAUCGUGCCGAAGACGGCAUUCACUGGCUUCCGAAGGCUGUGCGGCUCUGCACCAAUCUCGUCCUCACUCACAUUGCCAUAUCGUGGGGUUUCAAAGGGCCAUCUUGUCACAGCUUCUUGGUGGGCAGCGAGAAGGAAAUCAUUCGCGAUGGAAAGCGCGGUUUCCAUUGCAUACCAGACGAGGAUAGUGCAAGCGAACAGAAUCAUUCUGCGGACCUGCUAUUCAACGCAGCCCUUGGAUGCCAUCAACGAUGCCGCAGAGGUCCCGCCAUCGCAGCGACCAAAGGCACAAAGGGGCAAUUGGAGAGGCAGACGGUAUCGCAGGCCACGACGGAACAGGCAGCGAUGCCCAUGGUUGCCUGGACAAGAGCCAUGCAGCAGCCAAAGCCAGCCUGGGCCUAA